AUGGGCUCCACCACGUGCAGGCAGUUGCUGCAACAGACAGAGGGCUGUGAUGUAACUCCUCCGGGCCUCGGUGUCCUCAUGGACACAACAGAGGCUGAACUUGAUCGGUGUCCUUCAAAAUGUGCCCCCGGGGCACCCCAGGACCCUCCGUGCCGGAGGGACCUGUGCCGGGACCUGCACGCCAAGGUGGAGGUGGUGGACGAGGAGAGAUAUGACAUCGAGGCCAAGUGCCUGCACAACACCAGGGAGAUCAAGGACCUGAAGCUCAAGGUGCUGGACCUGCGCGGGAAGUUCAAGCGCCCCCCCCUGCGGCGCGUCCGCGUCUCGGCCGACGCCAUGCUGCGUGCCCUGCUGGGCUCCAAGCACAAGGUGUCCAUGGACCUGCGCGCCAACCUCAAGUCUGUGAAGAAGGAGGACACGGAGAAGGAGCGGCCCGUGGAGGUGGGCGACUGGAGGAAGAACGUGGAGGCCAUGUCCGGGAUGGAGGGCCGCAAGAAGAUGUUUGACGCUGCUAAGUCCCCGACCUCCCAGUAG